AAUUCAAGGCAUGAAAAAUGCUGUUCCCAAGAAUGAUAAAAAGAGACGAAAACAGCUGGCUGAUGAAGUUGCCAAACUAGAGGCAGAACUUGAACAGAAGCACAAGGAGGAAUUAAAGCAGCUCAAGGAAGCUUCACCUGAGCAGAGUAAGACAGAUUCUGUAGCUGAUGGGGUUGCAAAUCUAGAGCUGGAAGGAGCAGAGCAACAGAUUCAGCAUCCUCGAAUAUCAAAAGCACAGAAGAGGCGGGAAAAAAAAGCUGCAUUGGAGAAGGAGAGAGAAGAAAGGAUAGCUGAAGCUGAGAUAGAAAAUUUAACGGGUGCUAGACAUCUUGAAAGUCAGAAACUUGCCUCCUUAUUGGCAGCAAGACAUUUAGAGAUUAAACAGAUCCCUUCAGAUGGCCACUGCAUGUACAGAGCUAUUGAAGAUCAGCUCAAGGAUUGCCAGAAUUCCUGGACUGUUGCAACUCUGAGGAACCAAACAGCAAAGUAUAUGCAAGGUCACUUUGAUGACUUCCUGCCAUUUCUUACAAACCCUAGUACCGGAGACAUUUAUAGCAGAGAGGAAUUUGAAAAAUACUGUGAUGAUAUAGCAAAUACAGCUGCAUGGGGUGGUCAGCUGGAACUAAGGGCUUUGUCGCACAUUUUGCGAACACCUAUUGAAGUAGUGCAAAUGGAUUCCCCUCCUAUUAUUGUUGGCGAAGAAUAUUCGGGCAAACCAAUAAUACUCGUGUAUAUGAGACAUGCCUAUGGAUUAGGAGAACAUUACAAUUCUGUAAAACUGCUAACAGACACUGCUACAGAAAAUGGCAGCUAGCAUACAACAGUCGUAAAUCCACAUGGAUAACAGUUGCAUCUUGAUGUGCUGGGCUCCAGACAGACUGGAAAAUAAAACUAC